UCCGAGCGCUCGGACGUAAAGAUGCGCACCGCGCGCGCGGGACGAUAGAACGCGAACGCGACCGCUCGCGUCGACGCAGACGUAAACCCGCGGCCGGGCGAAGCGGCCCGGCGGCGGCAUCGCGUCGAUCGACAUGGUGCCGACACGAUCAUUAGAAUUAGAACCACCACGACUCCAUCCGCCUCCGCCGCCGCCGCACGUGCCUCCGCUGACGAACGCCGAGCUCGAGCGCGACAGCGCGCGCGCGAUCGAGGCCAUCGUGCGGCGAUGGCAAUACUGCUCGUACGGCGCGGUCGCCGCGGAGGUGUGCGCGAUGCACGGGGCGACGCGCCUCGAUCAGCUCGGCGCGUCGAAUCCGACGAAACAAUCGAAAGAGCUCGCGCGCGUGUGGCGCGCGCAGCAGCUCAUAGACGCGCACCUCGCCGCGUUCUUCGCGAUGCGCUGCGUCGCGUGCUACCAUGCCCUCGAGCGCGAGCUCGUGACGAUGUUGAACGGCUUCGGGAUGUUCCGACCGCCGCGCGCGGACGGAGACGACGCGAAUCCCGAAGAGAUCGUCAUCGACGAGGAGCCCGCGAAGUCAACGUCAGCCUCAGGCGCGUCGCCCGCCGCGCGCGCGCGUUCGUCGAUAAUCUCGUCUUCCCGUGCCGCCGACGCCGGAGCGACGCCGCCGAAGACGGAGACGCAGUCGCGCGCCUAUUAUUUCACAGACUUCGGCUUGGGCCCGUUCUCGGCCAUCCCCGCGGUCGCGAGUAGAUUCCCGUCGAUGGUGGAAUUCCCGACGAUGGUGGGGGGUUCGAUUGCAGGGGUUCACAAGGCGGACCCCAUCCGUGAUCUCGGUUGCGUGCUUCGGCACCUGCGCUGGCUUCUCGAGAAUCACAGCCUCUCAGAUGGGGACACAUACCGGGAUUUCGUCAGGCGUCUAGACGACGAAAAAGGAUAUUUUGAAGAUGGAAAAGAAGAAGAUUGGGAUAUCGAUAACGGCGUGUACAUCAACUGGGACGUGCCCGUGCGCGACUUCCCCGAGAUGCAGAUGGCCGCGCACGUCGAUAACGCGCGGAGUAAGACGGAACGCGCGCUCGCCGACGAGGCGAAAGCCGCGGAAGCGCGCGCGGAACGCGCGGAGAGAGCCGCGAAGGCGGAGACGCGACCGCCGCCGCCGCCGCGUCUGAAAGAGCCCCGAGACGCCAAGGCGAAAGCCUUCGUCGCGCGCGUCGUGAAGCGGCUCGAGACGCCGUGGCGCCCGAGCCGCGCGAAGGCACUGAGCGCGAUUCGCGCGGAGUGGCCGGGCGUCGACGAGGAGGUUAUCGCCGCCGCGACGGAGUACGCGAUGGUGCACCUGGGCGGCGGGAGGUAUCGCGCGAAGGUGUUCGAUCUCACCGGCGACGCCGAGGACGAGGACGCGAAGACGUCGGCGGGUGAAGAAGACGAUGAAGACGACGUCGAAGGCGAGCCCCCCACGGAGGAGAACGCGGAGGAGGCGGCGCCCGAGACGACUGACGCUCGCGGUGAGAACGCGAAGGAAAACCGCGGCGGCGACGGCGACGACAUACCGGCGGCUCCGGGGAAGAGGCGGAAAACGACCGCGCGCGCCCCUUUCGAAGGCCGGCUCGCCGUGAGCGCGUCCUCCUCGAGGACGGUCUUCCCGACGAAGAUCUCCACCGCGGACGUGCGGGCGCACUGCCCGUGGUGGAACGACGUCGAAAUAUCGGACAACCGCGCGGUGGGACGAUGGGGCGAAUCGCUCGUGUAUCACUACCUGCUCUCCCGGCACGUCGGCUGGCGCGUCACGUGGAUGAACGAGGAGAAAGAGACCAAGAGCUUCUACGACAUCAAGCUCGAGAGCGCGGACGGCGCGGAGACGAUCUUCGUGGAGGUGAAGACGACCAAGUUCGGGGACAAGAACGUGUUCGAGAUGUCGCCGUGGGAGUGGGACUUCGCGCAAAAACCGGGGGUGUCGAAGAGCUACCACAUCUACCGCGUGUACGGCGCGGGGGACGUGGAUAAAGUCCGCGUCGAGGUCGUGAAGGACCCGGCGCGGCUAGUGAGAGAGCACGAGGUGCGCAUGUGCUUAGCAAUUUAACGAAUGAUCACGCGCGCGCGCUCGAAUG